GCUUCAAGCUUAGCGCUACUCUCGGGCGUUUAUCUUGUGGCGGUCUGGUUCUUUUAUAUAUCUCAAUAAAGAUGCCAAAGAGUAAGUCCAUUGAAGCACGUCCAAGAAAACGUAAACACAAUCAGAGAAUUGAGGAGCUUACCAAUUCAGUUUCUGAGCAUCCUAAACGCGAAGUAAAUCACAUAUCACACCUGUCAGAUGGCUCACGCCACCCUAAACUCAAAAGCCGUAUUAGCCAUGAGCGGUCAUUCCUAACCGAUUUCCACAUUGUAAACAAAGUUCCAAAGUGGCUCAUUUUAUCUUUCAUAUAUUUUGGGGUGUUGAUUUUUUUGGUUAUGCUUGCCUUUCGUCAAGUGAUGGUAUGGUAUCAGGGAAAACAAGUUAUUACUCCACUUCACCUACCUAAAGUAAUAUCGGAUGCUUCAUUGCAUGAACGAUCUCAUAGUUUGUUUUGGGGAAGUUAUCGUCCCGGAAUUUAUUUUGGUAUGAAACAUAGAAGCCCCAAAUCUCUUUUGUUUGGAGUUAUGUGGACAAUCCAAGAUCCAGAAAAUUUCGCCUACCGCCACUCAUGUGAUCAAUAUGAUGGCGUUCUAAGCUACAACUGGUUGGAACACGAUGGUCGUACCUUUGGAACACAACAAAUAGUGGAUAUCCAUCAUAUUAUCACAAUAUCUUUUGUAAAACCGUCUUCUGACUUCAUGGGCGGUGACUGGACAGUAAGAAUUUCGGCAGUUGCGCGGAAUCGUACUUCUAUGGAAUAUCCAUUGUCGGUAAUUGUCUACUUUUAUUAUCCUGGUGAUAAAAGUGACUUCUUCAUAGAACCAGUCAUUUCGAAUAAGAAAAUUACUGGAUUGCAAGGUAGUUCAAUGGAGCUGAGUGAUUUUCAUGUUUUGUUCCAUCCUACUCCUCAUAAAUUACAAGAGAGUUCUCUUGUGGCUUAUAUACCUAGAGAAGAUACAAUUAAAGAGACAAUGUUAUCUGGCUUAGGAGUUAGAAGAGAUAAGAAUUUCUUGGCAUUAACAGGUGUCACAAAGAAUCAUGAUAAAAAUCAACCCCCAAAUGCAUGGUUUUAUGAAAUAAGUACAAAACCUAAUGAAAAUAAUCAACCAAUUCUGGAUGUCGAAUUCUUUCGAUCACAAAGUUCAUUUGAGGGUUUUCAUGGGAAUAGUUUCUCUGAAGAGUUAUUUAAACAGUCUAUAAGUUUCCAUAAACGUUUUGUUGAAAGGUUCAGUGUGGAUUUAACGAAGUUUUCUAAUAGACAGGUCAACUUAUCUAGAAUUUCAGUCAGCAAUCUACUGGGUGGUAUUGGUUUCUUUUACGGCACAUCGUUAGUUCGUUCAGCUAAUAUUGGACCGGAACCAGUAUCCAAUUGGGCGUCUAGUUUAUUUACUGCCACUCCAUCUCGUCCCAACUUUCCGCGUGGAUUUUUAUGGGAUGAAGGAUUUCAUGGUUUGAUAUUGGCCCGAUGGGAUCCAAAUCUUGCAAUGGAAACAGUCGGUUCAUGGCUCGAUCUUAUGAACGCUAAUGGUUGGAUCCCACGUGAACAGAUUUUAGGUUGGGAGGCCAGAUCGAAGGUUCCAUCCGAAUUUGUUGUUCAGUCCUCUGAUGUUGCCAAUCCACCAUCUUUGAUUUUAACUGUUGAAGCUUUGUUAGAUCGUUUGCCUCGACUAACUGUUGCUGAAGCUAAUGAAUUUCGUCGUUGGUCUAUGUUAGUUUUUCCAAGGCUACAUGUUUGGUAUCAGUGGUUCAAUACUACUCAGAUCGGUCCUGUCCCUCUGUCAUAUCGCUGGCGCGGUCGCAAUCCAAAUGAAAUUCAUCAGCUGAACCCUCUUACGUUAAGUUCUGGAUUAGACGAUUUCCCUCGUGCCUCUCAUCCAACUGAUGAUGAACGUCACAUUGAUUUACGUUGUUGGAUGACUUUGUUCGCUCGUGUAAUGGCGAGAUUGGCUUCUGUUGUUACACAAUUUAUGCAGGCAGAUCAAAAUGCAAAUGGUCGAUCAAAGCUUGAAGAGACUCGUUCAUUAAUUGCUGAAUAUACUCGUUGGGCUGAUCUAUUAUCAGAUGAGAGUGAACUGGAUAGACUUCAUUGGUCAGAAAAACAGGGCCGCUAUGCUGAUUACGGUCUGCACACAGACUUUGUUAGACUUGAGAUGCCUGAUAUACCUAAGGGAUCACAUGUUUCUAAUGAGCAGAUGAGAUUGGUACGAGUAACUGUGAAAACCCCAUCAUUGCAGUUAGUGGACACCUCGUUUGGAUAUGUAAAUUUAUUCCCAUUUCUUUUGAAAGUUCUUUCGCCUACAUCACCACGACUUCCUCGUUUGUUGGCUGACCUGAGUAAUAAGGACUUGCUGUGGUCUGAGUUCGGCUUGCGUUCAAUCAAUCUUAAGUCUCCUUUUUAUCAUACACACAAUACCAAAGAUGACCCACCCUACUGGCGAGGUGCUAUAUGGAUAAAUAUAAAUUAUUUGGCCGUACAGUCACUACGUUAUUACUCUCACCAUUCACGUACACCUGUACCUGUCGCUGCAGAAGCUAAACGGUUGGCUGAACAACUGACGCAAAAUUUAGCACGUACCGUAUUAGGUGGACUUGAACGAACAGGUCAUUUAUGGGAACAGUAUAAUGAUCAGACUGGACAUGGUCAACGUGGUCAUCCGUUUUCAGGAUGGACAAGUUUAAUUAGUUUAAUAAUUAGUGAUAGUUCUUAACUUGUUUGUGUAUUUUUUUAUCAUUUGUAUACCGUGACUUAAUGUUGUAUAUCCUUUACUUUUUUACAUAUUUUGCCUUCAUGUUGUUAUGUUUUUGAUCUGACAAAUAAAUUUUGGUGAAAUAAUAGGAAGUGUCUGAAUGGAUACUAAGUGAUUCUUCAAGUAUAAUAAUUGUUUUGGUCUUGGAGUCGGUAAUAAGGCUUGAAAAGUACGGUGCUAAUAAACCGAAAAUUCAUGAGAAGACUGAUAUGAACCGGCUUCAAGCAAUUAUCUUUUGGCCUCUAGUGACCCUCAACAUCGACACGACUGUGGAUAGAAAUAGGGUAUAUAACCAUUAGUCAUUGUUGGGGAGGUUUUACAGACUUAUGCCGUUUGCUCUGUAGCAAUUAUUUGAGAUUCGAUUAUACUCUAGUGAGACCAUGUAUUUCAUACGUUUUGCUGGAAGUUACAACGCGAAUACCCUUUAGAAGAAAUAAAGGUCAAAGGAAAUUCAAAGCGAACUCUUGACUAAACACUUAGUUGAUCAUGAGGAAAAGUUCAUUUUGAUGUAGUUUUUAUGAUAUCCAAACAUCUGUCAUCAACUUGAGUCAAAAGGUUAGGAAGGACCGUUAAAUUCCCGAAGUUCCUAUCAAAUUCUUAACUGCUUUAAAAUUCAUCCUGUUAUGCUCGGAAAACGACAGAUUAACGACAGCUCAAACAUAGGCUAAUAAAAACAUAAUGAAAUGAUCAUGAUCAAUGGUGGACAACAAAAUAAAAAUAGACGGGAAAGACAGAGGCAAUAGGCAGCACUAGAUAACCGUCCUGACACAUCACAGAUACAUGCAUUAGAAAGCCGGCUGUCAGCUCAUGUAUUUCUGAAAAUGACAGAAGUUUUAUCUAUUAGGUUUAGGAGAUUAAAGGAAUGGACAGAAUAAUAGGUAACAAUUCAGCUGACCUUCAGUAACUCACCGCUUCUCAACAACCUGCUUAAGAAAUCGUUACAAUUCUUGCAACUGUGAACGGUGGAUAUGGUCAUAUCUAUCACAGCCCUCACACAAAUCAAUUGAGAUUCGUGUGGCGCAUAUGUAUUUAGUGCCUCCUUGUACCAAUGCCUAUGUGUUAAAAUAAAUAAAAAUCUUGAACAAAUGGAAAUCAACAGGACCUGGCAGAUUAACUCGAAAGUUGUUUAAUCAUGGUGGUCCAGUUUUAGUAGCUAGGUUGAUUAAAAUACUAGAUAGAGUUUAGGAGCUUGGGGUAGUCCCCGUCCGACCGGUCAUGUUCACUGACCGACAAAUCUUUCUACAAAGGAAUCAGUUUGUUUUGUAAAGUAUCCACUAUGUCAGCCUCUUCUUAUCUUAUUUCGUUAUAAAUAACCUCUCGCCCCAGAAAUCAUAAAUUUCAGAGGUUGGUAUUUUGUCAGGCUAACUUAACGACAAAGAAUAUUCAGAUGACAGUCCUAUUUGUGGAAGAUACAUUAUGCAAUCUUUUGAACUUAAGUGACAGUAGAACCAUGUUUAGUAUUUGUUUCCAUCCAAAAGCAGAAUACUGCUUCAGUACUGGUCUGGGUUAGUCCUCACACUAAUGAUAGAGAGUGAAGCGACUAGGCGCAUACAACCACCUUUCUCCACUAUUCCAUUCGAGCAGUGGGGUUAGGCAGGGUUGCCCAAUCUCACCAUCCCUCUUCAACUUUGCCAUCGAUGACAUUCUAGAAACAGCUCUGACGGAUGUAAGUAAUGGUGGUGUGGAUCUGUUGCCUGGAGAAAGACUUCUCGACCUUGAGUAUGCGGAUGAUAUUGUCUUACUGUGCGAGAAUGCCCAAGCCAUGCAAUCCGCACUUAAUCAGUUGGCAAUCAAUGUCCGUAGGUAUGGUAUGUGCUUCGCACCCUCGACGUGCAAAGUACUUCUACAAGAUUGGCAGGAUUCUAAUCCUGUACUCACUCUGGACGGUGAGCAGAUAGAAGUGGUCGAGAAGUUCGUGUAUCUAGGUAGCUGUAUAAGUUCUGGUGGUGGCGUGAGUGAUGAGAUCAAUGCACGCAUAGUGAAAGCCAGAGCGGCUUAUGCCAAUCUGGGCCACCUUUGGCGCCUUCGUGAUGUUAGUCUGGCUGUAAAAGGUCGGAUCUACAACGCGACGGUGAGAGCAGUUUUGCUCUAUGCUUGUGAAACCUGGCCUCUCCGAGUUGAGGAUGUUAGACGACUCUCUGUGUUUGAUCAUCGUUGUCUCCGAAGGAUUGCUGGCGUCCAGUGGCAACACCAUGUCAGUAAUGCAGAGGUUCGACAUCGAGUGUUCGGGCACAGAGACGAUAAUGCAAUUAGUGUCACCAUCUUGAAACACCGCCUUCGGUGGCUUGGACAUGUUCUACGAAUGUCGUCCCAGAGAAUUCCUCGUCGUGCAUUAUUUGCCGACUCUGGGACUGGUUGGAAAAAGCGUAGAGGUGGUCAGUAUAUGACAUGGUGUCGUGGUAUGAAAGAAAGCUGCAAAGGGCUAGCUUCUGUUGGUCUUUCACGACUCCCUGGUUGGGGUCCGAGAGACGGUGUAACGCAGUGGCUAGAGACGUUAUCAGAUAUGGCUCAGAAUAGAAGCCAGUGGCGAUCCUGCUGUAACCUUCUUUUACUUUCUUCAUAAAAAGUGGUUGUAUCUUCCUUAACUGAAAGAUCUCUUCUGAUUGUACCUUUCCGUUUUCCCCAUCAUUGUUCUCUCUCUCUUUUUUUUAUUUAUAAUUCCCCACGUUCAUUACUUUUUUUUUCUCUUUCUCUUCAAAUUAUCAUUGUUUUGUGUGGCGCAUAUAUAUUUGGUGUCGCCCUGUACCAAUAUUUAUGUGUUCAAAUAAAUAAAUAAAUAAGGCGCACACCAGUUCAAUUCAGUCUCAUUAACCAUCGUUUGUUGGUGGCUGACACGGAUUGCUAAAGCUCUCUUCGUUUCUGCCAGUGUGCUCACUCAUGCCGUAGAAGAGAUAUUUGUCUUCCAAUCAAGUUAUGAGUACAUUGUACAUCAACGCGCUCUAUAUUACUGUAUGGUUGUGAAACAUGGCCUACGAAAGUAGACGAUACUCUUGAGUUACUGGUAUUUGACUGUAGAAAUCUUUGAAGUAUUACUCAGAUGUGAUGAGUCCACUAAAGUAAGCUAUGGUGAUACUUGACAUGAAGUAAUUAUUCAUCAACUAAGGUGACUUGGACAUGUAUUACUUAUGCCCAAUCAACACAUCCCUCGAUGCGCAUUGCUGGGUAAUGUGGGAUUAGGUAGGCGUAAGAAUUCAUGAUUAUCUGACUUAACUGUGUUGGAAAAUACAAACUAAUUUGUUGAGAU